AAAUUAUUUAAAUUCUCAAUGUCGCAAUUGGUUUCCUCUGCUGAGAAUAUACUGAUUCAUACCCAUGAUUCGUCAGAAUACAAGGUCAAGAUCAAGAACCCUCAUCUGUAUGGGAAGAUAAACCAUGUCACAUGGAGUCACAACAACCAGGUACUUGCAUCGACAGGGGACGACGGCAGAGUAGUCCUCAUGAAGUCAGAUAAUGGCGUCGAGAUCACUAGAUAUGAGAUGACGAAGGGCUUUGGCCUUAAUUCUCUCUGAUUUUCUAAUACUAGUCAUUAUCUGAUAGGUGGUUCUAGCGACCACACAGUCAGAGUGUUUGAUUUGAAGAACAAAAGCAUGUAUAAGACCUUUACAGACCACUCUUCAGAAGUUUUGUGAGUAUCCUGUAAUAAUAAAGAGGAAAAUCUCAGAAUCUGUUCCUCAGGAACAGAUGGAAUGAUUUACAUCAAUUCAUUAGAAAGCUCAAAGGCCUUGGGAAGUUUCCAGCUUAAUGAAAGCUCAUGUAGAUGAGCUAUUUUCUCGCCAAUGAAAUCCAGUGAGUUUGGAAGCGGUCACGAUGAUGGUUUAAUAGCAAUUUGGGAUUGAAAUAAGUCUAGAAAGUCCCAUACUUUUGAUGAAGCCCAUAAAAAUGCAUGCACGGAUAUUACAUUUUCUCCUGUGAACCACAUGCUGAUGGGAAGUGUUGGUCUUGAUAACCAGAUCAUCUUCUAUGAUAUUUUUAAGAACAAGCGAAUAGUCCAGAGUAUUAAGGCAAAGGAGGCCCUUUCAUGAAUUACUUUCUGAAGCGAUGGAUACACCAUUGGAGUGGGAUCGGUAGAAGGCAACAUUCUCAUCAUGGACCUCAGGUUUUUAUCCAAAAAGACACCGACAGUUCUAAACGGACACGAUGGAAAAUAAUAUUACAGCAAUCGAGUUCCAGAAGAGCCAGAAAUCCAAGUCUAAGAAGGAAACGUCAAUGAGCGCCCGUGGGACUGUUGCUCCAAAAUCUACGAAAUCUAAGCCCAUUGAGCCAGAGAGGACCAAAUCUGGUAAGAAAAUGAAGAACUCCCGCUCAACAAUAGCAGUCAGGCAGAGCGACGAAAGCUCUAAAAAUAAGGAAGAAGAAAAGAGAAGUCUCCGUGGUACUAAAAAGCAAGGUGAUAAGUCAAAUUUGAGCAGUAAAGAUGUAACCCCAACUUCCCAUGUUUCUGAAAGUCGAGAAAACUCUGAUAAGAAGAACAAAUCUUCGUAUAAUGGUUCUUCUUACGGUGACAAGAUCAAAAGCAGAAGGAGCCCAAAGCAAAGGCAGCAGGAAAAGAAGAGCGAAAAUAAUCUCAGUGCUUACGCUGAGGAAGCUUCUAUUCAUUCAAGUGUUGUAAGUAAUUCUUCAAGGUUGACAAAGAAAUCUGAAGUCCCUGCAAUACCCCAGAUUAAGGAGAAUAAUUACUUCGCAAGUGAGGAGAUCAGGCCAUCCCCUCCACGAGAAAAAGAAUUCAGAGAUGAGAAGAUGGUAGAAUACGAUGACUUCACAGAUAAGCAAAAGAAGUACAUCGACAAACUUCUGGAGGAGAAGUUAUCAAUCCAAAAGGAAAGGAUGAUGGAGCACUUCCAAAGCCUCCAGCUUGAGAUGAUCCGUCAGUUCCAAAUGCAGUACCUUGAAGUAGGAGAUUUGAUCGAGCAAGCAGUGGAAGAUAAGAAGAAAAGAAACUUCUUUGAUAAGUAUUGCUAGUUAGAUUAUAAUUAAUUCAGACCUAAUACAUUUUCCCAUA